AAAAAAAAAAAAAGAAAUAUUGAGAAAACAUUGUAUGCAAAUUUGAUUGGAUGAAGAACUUUUAUAGGUUUUCCAAGUAUAAUUCUACAAAAAAACAACCAGUCUCCGCAGACAUUUACCCUAUUAAUAACUCAAAAGGUUCAUAAAAUGAGUAAGAUAAAUAUUUAUUUUCAUUUAAAAUAACGAUUUGCAAUACUAAUGUUUUGAUGAACCAGAAUUAAUCCCAACAGUCUCUAACACGCAAAUGACGAAGUCGUUCUUCAAUUGUGACAUGUUUUCUCUUCCAUUCAAGCUGUUUCCUCAGUAUGUCACCAAAUUUCUCAGUCGGCUUGCACAGAUGCUUGGUAUGGCCACAUGAUUGUUCAAACGAAGGAUUUUGAUGUAAAAAACUGUCAUACAAAUGUCUAUCACAGAAAAAGCACAUGGUACUAUUAUUCCAUUAAAUAAAAACAAUCUAAGGAGUUAAAAAUAUUUUAAAUUGUAAUGUUAAACCAAAACUACAAAUUAUUAUAUGAAAGAGUUUAUGAAUACAAAAGUGGUUCACAUUCCGUCAAUUUAAUGUCAGUCAACUGAGGCUCUGUAAAAAAAGAAAAAAUCAUCACACAUGAGUACUCACAAGAGUAAGAUUAACAGUGCGGAAACGUGGGAUGACUAUGUUGGCCAAUCAACCAACAGCACAUCAUCAAAUAGUACAAAUAGCACCAUUCGGGUUUGCAAUGGAACUGUUUUGGUGAUAACACUGCCAACAAACGGAUACCCAUGGUUCUUUGGUUAUCCACCCGUUGGUGGCGGAGGACCGCAAUUCGGACACAAGCAUGGAGGGCGUGGCCGUGGGUAACUGGAAGCUAAAAAUUUACUCAAAAAAGGCAUUUCUGAACAGAGAGAAGAAAAUGAGAUAAUACUGCAUGUACACCAAUUAUAUGUAUUCCUGCUGCUAUAAUAUGCCAUAAAGAGGAGCACCUUUUGAAAGAAUUACUGUGAAAUUGCAUCUUGCAAAAUGAUGUAUAUUGAUGUAACAUAAAAAUUCUGAUGUUCAAAUAACACAUAUAACCAUCCUCUGCAAAAA